AUGGAGGUCGGACCCAUGAAAAUCAGCCUUCUGAAGCGCGAACGUCACCACGACAUCUUCGACCAAGAGGGCGCCUUGUAAUUCUGUAUUUAUUUUUUCUUGUACUCCUAUUACUGUUACUUAUCACUAUCAUUAUUAUUUUCACCUCACCAUUCCCUUUGUUUUUUUCUUUCUGUUCCAUAAAUUAUCUUUGAUUUUUGAAGCAUUUUUGUCUUGCAUUCCUUGUUCGAUCGCCAAGUUAUCUAUUUUGACAUUUUCGAAAUUUCUUGAGGUAUACAUUUGUUUUUCAAACAGAUGGCCCUUUGGGUAGACAAAUACCGGCCUAAGCAAUUAACCGGGAAAAAAAUGGGCUCACGUACCAUUUGAAACAGGUUUUUUUAAAAAUAUUUUCAUAGUAUUUGUUGUUAAGAAAUUUACUAAUUUUUUUAAAAAAAACGGUACAAUUUUUACAACUUUUUUUUCAACAAAAAUUUUUUUCGUAUAGAAGUGCCUUAUAGGAAGUUUCACUGAUUUUGCUGCUUCGGGUAGUAUUGUUUGAAAAAAUUUUAUCACGAGGAAAACUGGAUACAUUACUCUUCAAGAGAUUAAAAUAACUUUUUUCUGAAAAUGAAUAUAUCAGUUUUUCAAAGACAAGUUCACCUUUCUAGGCAAAUCAUCUGAAGCUGUGGGCGACUACGAACAACGUGCCUCACCUGAUUUUCUAUGGGCCAAGUGGAGCUGGUAAAAAGACAAGAAUAAAAUGUUUUUUGAGGUAAGCAGGAGGAGAAAAUACAUGUUACCCUUCGGAACACUGUUUUGAUGUGUUAAGUACGUUUUUAGAUCAAGCUUUUCCUAUUAGAGUACGAAUAUAAUAAUUAUUUUUCAUAAUUUGUAUGAAAUUUUAAUUCUGAAAUGUGGGUCUGAAAAGAUCAAAAUUCAUCUUUUUGAUCGAAAUGAAAUUUUAAAAAAAUAGUAAAUAAUCAGGUUCAAACGGAAACUUGUUUUCAGAGAGCUCUACGGUCCUGGCGCUGAACGGACGCACAUGUUGAUGAAGUCCUUCACGACCCCAUCCAAUAAGAAACUAGAAAUCCAGACGAUUUCGAGUAAUUAUCACAUCGAACUCAGCCCCUCGUUAGUUUUAUCUUUUUCUGGCUUUAAUUAUGAAGUAUAAGGUGAAAAAGGUCGAAAGUUAAGCUCAAAAAAACUGAUUCCAGGGAUGUCGGCGUGUACGAUCGUGUGGUCGUGCAAGACGUCAUUAAGGAAAUGGCGCAGACGUCACAGAUUGACGCCGCCUCUCAGAAAUCUUUCAAAGGUGAAUCCAGAAGAUCUGAUUCUGGGUUUUUUUUUUUUGGAACUUUCCUUCGUAAGAGGUCUUUCUCGCGCUGAAUAUCACCGCGAAUUUCAGAGACGUCUUUGUUGAAAAGAGCGAAUUCUUUGUCCACCUUUCAAAUGUAAUCAACUUUUUAUUCAAAAAUACUCUUUUAAAACUCUUUGCAAACAUCAAUUCUUGAGUUUUAUAAAGUUCAUUUUCACAGUUGUGGUUCUGUGUGAGGCGGAUUUCCUGACUCGUGACGCCCAGGACGGACUUCGGCGAACGAUGGAGAAGUACCAACACAACUGUCGGCUGAUCCUCUGCUGCGAGAAUUAUUCGCGGAUAAUCGAGCCUCUGCAGUCGCGUUGCAUCGCCGUCAAUGUGGCGGCUCCAACCGACGAACAGGUCCUUUCUUCAGUCCGGCAGAAUAAAUCGGGAGUCGUUUUUGUGCGGUUUUUCAGAGUUUUCCAAACUUCUUUUCAAAAAUUAUUGAAGAACUGGUUGAAGAUUCCUCACUCGCUGUCUGUGCAAAAAAUUGUUUUGAAGAUAUAAGAAUUCGCGCUGAAGAAAUAUUGGCUACAGACUUGAUAUUUUGCAGUGACGACUAUGAGAUCCUCUCCAUCAGUAUUUUCAGAUUUUUGAGCUGUUCAAUAAAAAUUCCAAACUUCACACUAAAAGUCUCCCUUUGAAAGAAAAUUUGAGCUUGCUUUGAAAAGUUUUCAAACUGGCACCUUUUCGACAAAAGAACAUUUUUUUCAACUCUAAAAAUUCAUUAUCAAUCGAUUAACAUCCUAGUUUUUUCAGGUUGCGAACAUUGUUGAAAACGUCUGUCAGGCCGAAAGAGUCGGUAUUCCACGGAACGUAUUACAGCAGGUAAAGUUUUUAAAAUAAGACUGAAAUCUCUGUUCAAAUAUUCCGAAAAACCACGCUUCAAAAAUUCGAAAAUAAGCUGUUGUUUCAUGGUAAAUUUUAUCGUUGAAGAUCGUCGAAAAAUCGUCGGGAAAUCUGCGAAGAGCACUGUUGAUGGUGGAAGCGACGCGAAUGCAAGACGAUUCUGGAACGAUUCCGGCAGACGCAAAUGUUCCGGUUCCCGAAUGGGAGACCUACCUCAAGGAAACAGCCGAAAUGAUCCUCAAAAAACAGAGUAGCGAUACUCUUUUCAAGGUAUUUUGCUUCGUUCAUACAUUUCCAAAAAAAAAAACAGAAAUAUUUACAUCUUCAAAAAGACUUCCACAAUAUUUCAUGAAAAAAUGGCACAAAUUCGAAAAUUACAAAAUGUUCGAAAAUAAUAUUUGCUCCGGUUGUUUCACCGAGUUCGAUUGCAGGUACGAACUAGGAUUUACGAAAUUCUUUCACGAUGCAUACCGCCUCAAAUCGUCUUUGACGUGAGUUUUUAUUCUGAGAAGUUUGUGGCAAAGCUGAGCAAUACCAGAAUCCAAGCAAGGAUAAGUAUUCAAUGUCACAGGACUAUUUAGCGUUUGAAUAUUUUUAGACAAUUUCUCUUCAGGGAAACCUUUUCUGCUUUCUUGUUCACUUCUGAUGCUGAAAAAAAAUUUAACUUGUAUUGUCAACGAGUUUGCAAUUUACAGUAGUUAUUUGUACAUUUAAAACAUGUGCAAGUAGCAAACGGAGUGGUUUGAUUCCAAAUACAUUGGUUUAGGAAAAUCUAAAAAAAAAAAUAGCGAUAUUUUUCCCUGGAAUGAGCUCCCUUUUUAAGAAAAUAGUUGCCUGGUUAGAGCAGAAGACACUGUUUAUGUAAUGAGAGACGGCGCUGCAGCGGCUGCUGGACGAGCUGCUGCCAGCGUGCGAUGACGUCAUCGUCCCGCAGAUCGUCUCCGAAAGCGCCAACUUCGAACACCGGCUGCUCCUCGGCCAGAAGCCCAUCUUCCACAUCGAGGCGUUUAUCGCCGCUUUCAUGGACAUCUAUCUCACUCACCUGACCAAUGCCAAGAGGGUCAAGUAA